UCGCUCUCCCUGAUGGUGGCUGAAUGAACCAUAAUAUCGCCCUCUAUAGAGACUACUAUACGUAGAGGCCAUCGAUCUACCUAUUUACAAGUGGUGUGCGUGCUUUGAAAGGCAGGAAAAUCAUGGUCAGACCAUGGACCAGUGGUCACUUGUGAGUUGUGACCGGACCUCGAGGAUGAAAGAGCCUUGAAUGACCUCGCUCUCUGGGUUGUCUGACUCACCAAGUCUGAGGCUGGCCUGGUCGGGUGCGUUGUCAUGGCCUUCAUGAUCCCGCCUUUACCAAUCGCCGCCGCCCACUCAUCGCCAUAAUUCUCCAACCUGAUUGAUAUUAGUCCCCUUAUAGUCCUAUAGCUCCCCAACUACUGGUUGCGCCCGCCGACCCGCCGACCCGCCGACUCGCCGACCCGCCAUCCCGCCCCUCGAUUGGCCCGUGAGCCCUGCUUUGGCGCCGGAAGAUGGAUAGUCCGGUGGAUCCUUUCACGAGUGUGAUUCGGGUCCGGAAGCGGGAUUGGCUGUAUGCGGCUUUGGGUAGCGUGUUGCUCUUGCCGUGGCGGGCCGUGGCCAUCGUGGCCAUUUUGCUCUUGGCUUGGCUGUUGGCCAAGAUCGGGUUGGUGGGCCAGAAUCCCGAGUUGCAGACCGUGGUCACGGGCUGGCGACGCCAUUUGUUGAAUGUCUACUCGUACUUAGGCUUGGCCAUCCUGUGGGUGGCCGGCUUCUCGGUCACUCUGAAGGGGCGACAAGCCUCGAGGUCCGAAGCGCCCAUCUUGGUGGGUGCGCCGCAUUCGUCCUUCUUGGAGGCGUUGGUCAUCAUCAUGUGUCGGUGCUCGCCCGUGUCGCGAUCAGAGAACCGGGAUGCCAUCCUGAUAUCCGAGUGCCAAAAGUUCAUUCGCACCAUUUUCGUCGAUAGGAGCUCUCAAGCCUCUCGGAAGGCGGCUUCCCAGGCCAUAAUCGAUCGGUCCCGCCAUGAGGACGACGGUCAGCUUCAAGUCUUCAUCUUCCCGGAAGGCACCAACACCAAUCGUAAGGCCCUUAUUCAGUUCAAGAACGGGGCCUUCAAUCCGGGAACCCCCGUUCAGCCGGUGCUGGUCCGGUAUCCGGGCUACGAAGACCUCGAUCUGAUCACUUGGACCUUCCGCCAAGACCACUCAUACCUGUUUUCGGUCUGGUUCCUCCUGGUCCGACCCAUCAAUCGGAUUGAAAUCGAAUUUCUUCCCGUGUACAACCCCAGUGAGGAGGAGAAGUGCGACCCGUCAUUGUUUGCCAAAAAUGUGCAAGCCUUCAUGGCCACACAACUUAAUAUCAUUCCCACCAAUUUAGUUUUCCAUAAAUAUUACGAAGAAUAUUGUCGUAAAUAUCGACCUGGGGUGACUCUCGCACACGCUAAGAAAGACCAAUAAAUGUUGAUCAAUGUUUUUGUAAGAAA